UUUUUGAAGGUUUCUUCCUCAAUAGUGUUCAAGUGAGCACAAGCAUGAAAAUGUUCAGAACCUAAAAUAGCAAGUGGUCCAAAAUAAACUUUUGUGUGUCCAUAUAUGUGAAUUAAAUAUCUUAGUUGAGGCGUUUCUAAAGCUGAUACAAUCAUUUUACAGAUUACAAGUACUCAUUUCUGACAGGCCCUUGAAAGGUUUUAGAGAUUUUCAGGUCAAUUUCAUUUAUUGUGCAACAGAUUAAAGAAAACUUAGUGGUAAAGUGGACCUCAGCUGCCACAGGAUGUAAGAGGUUGUUUGUUGUGUGAAAGCAGUGUUAAUUUCAAGAAGCGUUUCUGAAGAGACUCAGACCUGCUCUGUGUUUCUCGAGAAAUGCAAGGUCAAACCACAAAUGUCCCUUUGUGACAGUCCAGAAUGUGUGUACAUCUGCAUCCAUCCGUCCAUCCAUUCAUUCCUGUCUAUCGUUAUUGUCAAUUGUCUAAUAUAAUACUUUAUAAUAGUAAGAAUAACAGUGGUGGUGGUAGUAAUAAUAAAGUUUUUAUACAAUUUUAAAAUUGUUUAAAUGAGACCCCAUUAUUAUCAGACAGGACGACCAUAUUUGUAAUCUUCUUAUCUUUAAGGUAAGUUCUUUGCUUGUAAGAAACACAGGAAACCACAGCAGUGCUAUUAUAUAUGUGCAUUGUGUGCAGUUUUUGCAGAGUUUUGCGGUUUUGACACCUAGACAUGCCUCAAGCGAGAACAUUCUUAUGCACAUGUGCAUGUAUGUCUGUUAAUCAUCCAUUUGCAUAAAUAUUGCAAAAAAUGAAACAAUAAAUAAAUCUCUUUUUAAAACCUGGUUGUGAAUAAUUAGACUAGAUCAUUUUCAGUCUUUAUCAAAACUCUUUAGAAGAAACCCAUCCCACCACCAGAGAGAGUCAUCCAGUCAGAUAAGAGCAGCUAACCACUCUGAAGACCCUCACAUUCAGCAGUCACUGAGAUGGAGAGAUCAACAGUCGUCGUUCUUCUGUGUGUUUUGUUGUGUGAAGAGCAGAAAGUGUUUGGGACAGAAGUGAACAUGAGAGUUAAACCAGGAGAAAGCGUCACUCUCUACUGUGACUGUGCUCUACCGUUUGGAUCUCACAUUGUCUGGAUGAGAAACUGCUCGCAUGAGAAUCAGCCAUCUCUGUUCAUUGAUCCUCCAAAACUCUUCCUGGAGACGUUUCCACGGUUCAGUUUUCUGCUCAACAGCUCCAGUAACUCCUAUGAUCUGCAUAUAGAGAAUGUCAGUGUCUCUGAUGAGGGACUUUACUACUGUGCGGAAAGGAAAAAGACAUUUAUAGAUGAAGACGGCGUCAACUCAAAAUAUCUGUAUGAAUAUGGGAACAAAACAACUCGACUAGCUGUCCUGGCAGUUUCUGCACAUGAGUCCACCAUCGCCUCCACUUCUCCUCCAGUGUCAGAGUGUGUGUUCUGCUGGACGCUGCUGGUGAGUGUGUGUCCGGUGUGUGUUCUCCUCUCCUCACUCCUGUCCUCCAUCUGUGUUUACUGCUUCUGUCGUCCUCAAACUACAGGUUUUGACAUGAGUGCUGAGAUUCUUAAAGCAAAUGUUUUGAUGGCAGAUUGUGUGGAGAAACAUCAGUGUGAGGCGAGUAAGACUGGAAAGAUCUGCGUCCACACUGAAGUCUCUUAUAGAUGACUGACAUCUAAACAUCCCUACACCAACAUCUGACACAUGAACUGCUCUUAGUCUACUUUCUGUCUUAUUUCUGAUAUCAUUAGUUUUAUUUACAGCACAUUAUCUAUUACAAUCAACUGUCUUUAAAUGAACAUUAUGAUCCACUGACUCUUAAGGGUUAUACAUUUUAUUUUUAGACAAUAUUAAUGUUUUUAAGACUGUGUUCAUUAAGAAAACAAACAAACAAAAAACACUUUAUUAAUAACAGCUCAGGCUGCAAAUGUUUGUAUCUGUAGAUCCUCUGCAUAUCUCAAAAGAAAGUUGGAUGUAAAUUUUUAAUCAUGAAUGAUCACUUUUUUUUCAAAUAUUAAACAAAUAUUUAAUAGUUAGUAGCGUUUAUGAACAUGAAUAAAAAUUGAAACGGGAGUCAUGAACGAACAAUGGCUCCAUCUAGUGGCUAAUAGCUGAAGGGACUUCAAAACCACUUAUUCACAAAUGAAUUUAUCAGGACCAGUUCAUUGUAACCACAGGCCAAUUAAAGUUACAUACAUGGCAUGAGAUGAAACAAUGGUCAGUUUUCAGAAAUAAGCAAUUUAAUGAAAACUUCAGUAGAGUUAUAUUUUUUUUGAGUGAAACUUUAAUUAUUCUUCUUAAUAUUUAAACCGUGUGCAUUACCUUCAUUACUAGAUUGUGUUCAGGGAUGUAUCAACAUUAUUACACUUAAUAAAAUCAGUCCAGUUUAUCUGAUGAUGAUAGUUUUUAUGAUUCUGUGCUCUGUAUUAGAAAUAAAAAGUCUUACCGGUUCUUCACAUUUUUAUUCUUAUUUUAUUCAACAAAAACAAAACAACAUCAACAAUAAACUAUAAAUUUAAUGUGUACAGAUUUAAGUAAGAUUGGAUUAAAACUUUACUUCAAUCAUAAACUGGUGGGAUUGCGCUCAUAAUAAUAAAUAAUAAAAGUUACUGUAAACACAAACAUGUUCAAGCUAAAAACUGGUACACAAAGUUCUGCUGUUCUUUGAGGUAAACGGCUUAAAACUAUGACAAAUCAAAUGUAUAGUGUGUAAAAUAUACAGAUGAGCAGUACUAAAUACAAUAUUAGCUUAAUAUUUCACCCAGGCUACUUGAUCAUAAAUGAUAAAAAAGAACAAGCAUUAAUGUUGUCAAGAUUCUGCCCUAGAAAUCCUGUUUCCAUCUGUCCUAUACAGUAGGAAAGUACAGUAUGUGAUUUUGAACUCAGCCAUCAUUACAGUAGACUGAUGUAGAAAUGUACUGUAGUCAUUUAGUGCAGGAGUUAUUCUGUUAAAUGCCACAGGAUGUGAGAAGCGCUUUUCAUGUGUGACUGAAGUGCUAGUUAUGGUGAUGGAGAGAGUCCAGCCUGCCCUUUGUUUUUCUAGGGUACAACCCAAACCACAAAUGUUUCCAGUGGCCUUUGUCACUAUCCUCUUGUGAAUGCUUACGUCUCUGUAUUUAUGAGUUUUGAUCAAGUUAAAAAUAUAUAUUUGAUAUUUUCACUUUCGGAUUAUGAGUUUACAAUUUAGUAAAUUUCACAUUUCAUGUCAAAUCCACACUGAUCAAAUACACACUGCAACUCUGAUACACAUUAUUCAUUUAACACUAAAGUGUCUGUAGAUUAUCACCAGGCCCACCAUAAAGCACAAACACUUCAUCAAUCAAUCAAUCAAUCAAUCAAUCAAUCAAUCAAUCAAUCAAUCAAUCAAUCAAUCAAUCAAUCAAUCAAUCACAUAUUAAACUGAUAUAAUAAAACUGAUCAUGAUUGCUCUUGUUUCACCCUGGGAUUUUUAGACAAGCUAAAACAGGAAACCACAGCCUCGUGAUUGUGUCAGUGCACUAGUUGUGACUUGGGCUUGUAUAGAGUACACAAAUGGAAUGCAAAGCUUUGCGGUCACAGACAAAAGCAAAAAUAAGUUUCUAGCAACUCUAAAGACCAAGAGCAAAAGAAACCUUGAGUAAAGACAUUCAUUCUGGAGGUUUAGAAGCCAAAGAAAUCAAUCAGCAUGUAGAUGAACGAUGCCAAACAAGAAACUCAUGAAGACGCUCAAAACUUCAGGUCAUCUCCAUCACAACAUUAAACAUCACAUCGUCCAAAACAAAAGUCCCAACAAUUUAUGAAACUGAGUUCACUCUUGCAUUUUAUAAUUAAACUUGAACAUCUAAAAGAGCUUUAAAAGUGUGUUUAAAGGAGCAGACCAGAUUAUACCCCUAAAAACAAAACAACAGCAUAAAGAUUCAGAGCUCUUCCACAGAGAUCCCUCCCACCACAAUGAAGCGGACCCUUCACACUGCAGCUGAAGACUCUCACAUUCACAGUCUCAGAUGGAGCGAGCGAGAUUUACAGUCAUCAUACUUCUGUGUGAGUCAAUAUUUCUGUGUUUGAAUGUCAUGAUGUAUUCUUGAUGAUGUGCUAGAGAUUUAAUACACACUCUUGCGUUUGUUCUGCAGGUGUUUUGUUGUGUGAAGAGCAGAAAGUGUUUGGGACAGAAGUGGACAUGAGAGUUAAACCAGGAGAAAGCGUCACUCUCUACUGCGCUUUACCUUUUGGAUCAGACAUUAUUUGGAUGAGAAACUGCUCACAUGAGAAUCAGCCAUCUCUGUCAAUAGAUCGCUCAACACUCUUCAAGGAGACGUUUCCACGCUUCACUUUUGUGCCCAACAG